GUCAAUAAUCAAAUACGCACUGCGUUUCAGACGUUAUGAUCUGUCAUCGCAAUUUGCGCCAUUUGCUCAACGGAAAACGAAGCGAAGCCAUUCCGAAUUAAAUCUCCGUGAAGUGUUGUGCGUAAUUUUGGUUCGUUCCGUUUGUCUUUUAUUUAUCUGACAAAAAAGUGAAAAACAAUUUUGCAAUAUUCUGGUAAGAAUUACUCGAAAUCCACAUGGCGUAUGUCUUCAAUUUCCUUACGGGUCAAGGUGGCCGCGCACCAAUCGGUGGGAUGAGCGUCAUGAAAGACCAUAUGUACGACACAAAGCGAUUCAUGAGCAGUGGAGCUCCAUACGAUGGACACGAAAUCUCUGCUGAGAAAUUAAAGAAAAUGUCCGGAUUUAUAGAGGAACUUCGCGACAAGAGUGCUAAUAUGCCGCAUCUGAAUAUCGUGGGCAACCGUAACGAGAAGGAUGACAGUGUGUUGUUUGAGCUGGUCGCCCGUCAUUGCAUCACAACUACAAAAAAGUUGUGUCUCACUCGUAUGAAAAUUGACAUACCAGCCGAGAAAUUUCAAGUGUUUCCAGAGCUUAAAGAAGUCAAGUUCAACUCUUGCAUUGUUGAUAACGAAAGCAUCCUGCGUUUCAAUGAAUGGUGUCCAAAUGUAAACAGAAUUACAUUCGAAGAAUUGAAAUUUGGCUUGGAUGCGUUCAAUGCUUUUAAUUCAAACGAGGCCACAUUUCCAAAUGUUGAACGUUUGACGUUCAGUUUCAAAAAAUCGGUAAAAAUGACUCGUCCUUUUCUCGACACAUUGAGCAAGCGAUUUCCGAUGGUCAAGGAACUUGAUAUAAUAAUGUGUCCCACCGAUGACGUCAGUGAUAUUCGACCGGAAUACAGAAAGCCAUAUCAGGCUUCGCACUUCAAAAAUGUCGAGAAAUUGUUCGUUCGCGCAUUUGCCGGAGACAUCAGUAAGCUAUUCGACUACAUGGCGAUUUGCAGCGAAAAGUUGAAAGAAUUCUCAUUUGCUGGUAUGGCAAUAACCGAUGAAUUGAUUGCUUGGAUCAAACGCUGCACACAAUUGGAAGUGUUAACUAUCGACUGGCAAUAUCGCGCUGAAGAUGCUGGUUGUUCCAUUAACAACCUCAAAGGUAUGCCAUCGUUAACCAAGGUCACUUUAAUGGUCAAAUAUUUGGAUUGGAAUUCGGAAGGCAUCAUUCAGUUUGCACGCGACAAUCCAAGCCUUCGUAUGUUGAUCAUUGAAGGUGAAAAACAGCACAAUAAACUGAACUUUGGUAAAAAGUACAAGGAUAUGUUUGUGGACUUGGUCAAACAGCGCGGUAAAAUCACGAUCAAGAUAUUCAACUAUGAAGACGGUCGUGAAGUGGAAAUUUCAGAGAAAGGCUUCAACGACAAAACGCAUUCGGAGCAGUCAUCAGAUGAUGAAGUCGAUGCAGAUGAAUUGGGAAAGCGAAUGCUUGAAAUGUUGAUGCAUUUCAAUAAUAGGGCACUGGAUUAGCUGUCCUUCAAGUGACAUGUCAGCUUAAUAUGUUUUAAGUUCCUAAUGUCAAAUUCAUGAAAAAUUGAAUAAAAUCGAUUGGUUUGUGUAAGAAACACGACCUUCUAAAUAAA